CGGGAGCGCGCGCGGCGGAGGAGGGCUCCGGGAGGCCGCGGAACAGCGACCGCCGCCAUAUUAAGGAGCGCGGAGCCCGGGGUCCCGUCGGCGGCGGUCGCGGCCCGGCCGGUGCAGCUGUGGGCGGCGGAGGCCGGCGCGGCGCCGGGAGAGGCGGGGUCGGCGGAGCCAGCGGGCGACCGGAGCGAGCCAGGCUGACCUUGGCCUGCUGACCUUGGCCGGCAGGCUGUGCCUGCCCUGCGGCGCCAUGGACCAGGAGUAUGAGCGGCGCCUCCUGCGGCAGAUUGUUGUUCAGAAUGAGAACACGAUGCCCUGCGUUGCGGAGAUGCGGCGAACCCUGACGCCUGCCAACUCUCCCGUGUCCUCCCCCAGCAAGCAUGGAGACCGCUUCAUCCCCUCCAGAGCUGGUGCCAACUGGAGCGUGAAUUUCCACAGGAUCAAUGAGAAUGAGAAGUCCCCCAGCCAAAAUCGGAAAGCCAAGGAUGCCACGUCAGACAACGGCAAAGACGGCCUGGCCUACUCUGCCUUGCUGAAGAACGAGCUGCUGGGAGCCGGCAUCGAGAAGGUGCAGGACCCGCAGACAGAGGACCGCCGGCUGCAGCCUUCCACGCCCGAGAAGAAGGGUCUGUUUACGUAUUCCCUCAGCACCAAGCGCUCCAGCCCUGACGAUGGCAACGAUGUGUCUCCCUACUCCUUGUCCCCAGUCAGCAACAAAAGUCAGAAGCUACUGCGGUCGCCACGGAAACCUACACGCAAGAUCUCCAAGAUCCCCUUCAAGGUCCUGGAUGCCCCGGAGCUGCAGGACGACUUCUACCUGAACCUGGUGGACUGGUCAUCCCUCAAUGUGCUCAGCGUGGGGCUGGGGACCUGCGUGUACCUGUGGAGCGCUUGCACCAGCCAGGUGACCCGGCUCUGUGACCUCUCAGUGGAAGGGGACUCAGUGACGUCUGUGGGCUGGUCUGAACGGGGGAACCUGGUGGCCGUGGGCACGCACAAGGGUUUCGUGCAGAUCUGGGAUGCAGCCGCAGGGAAGAAGCUGUCCAUGCUGGAAGGCCACACGGCACGCGUUGGGGCACUGGCCUGGAACGCUGACCAGCUCUCAUCUGGGAGCCGGGACCGCAUGAUUCUGCAGAGGGACAUCCGGACCCCGCCCCUGCAGUCAGAGCGGCGACUGCAGGGCCACCGGCAGGAGGUGUGCGGACUCAAGUGGUCCACGGACCACCAGCUCCUCGCCUCAGGGGGCAACGACAACAAGCUGCUGGUCUGGAACCACUCCAGCCUGAGCCCCGUGCAGCAGUACACGGAGCAUCUGGCGGCUGUGAAGGCCAUCGCCUGGUCCCCACACCAGCAUGGGCUGCUGGCAUCUGGCGGCGGCACAGCUGACCGCUGCAUCCGCUUCUGGAACACACUCACAGGGCAGCCACUGCAGUGCAUCGACACAGGCUCCCAGGUGUGCAACCUCGCCUGGUCAAAGCACGCCAACGAGCUGGUGAGCACGCACGGCUACUCACAGAACCAGAUCCUGGUCUGGAAGUACCCGUCCCUGACCCAGGUGGCAAAGCUGACCGGGCACUCGUACAGGGUCCUGUACCUGGCCAUGUCCCCCGAUGGAGAGGCCAUAGUCACUGGUGCUGGGGACGAAACACUGAGGUUCUGGAACGUCUUUAGCAAAACCCGUUCGACAAAGGUAAAGUGGGAAUCCGUGUCAGUGCUCAACCUCUUCACCAGGAUCCGGUAAACCCUCGGGCCUCCGUCCGGGUCGGAAGAGUACCACCUCUCGUCGGCGUGCAUGGACCCUCCCCUCCCCAGCUCACGGUCCCCAGAGGGGGCGGGCGGGGAGUCGGGCCUGGAGAGACCCCGAAGAUUCUCAUUAAAGCCUGAUUGCGAACCCUGGCAGCCGGUGUUUGGGGCGGGGACGUGGCCGGGCACCAGCAGGAGGGGGCCUGGCUCCCUCCAUCCUGGGUGGCCCCAGCAGGGACCAUCUGUUUGGCUGCUGUGCUCAGAGCACGAUGGACACUUCCUGGGACCCAGCCUGCUUCCAUCUGCGUCCGCCGCUGCAUCGUCGGGGCUGCAUGCUCUUCCCAGAAGCACGUGCUCACUGCCACUGCCGCCGUCACCGCCACCACCACUCAUGCCUACAGGACAGACCCCUGGGGCUGGGCGGACUGCCGAGGUCAGCACAUGGAUCGAAGGGACAGAGCCACCUGAUAGGUUUCUCUGCGGCUGGUCCUGCUGUCCUUGCCCCGGCAGCCACGCCGCUGACUCUUCCAGAGGCACCACGUCAGGAGCAGGCCCUGGGCAGUCUCCGUGCCGAAGGACGUCAUCUUGAGAUGGACUUGUCUGAGGAAAACGAGUCAGGUCCAUCGGCUGUCUUGUGUUUACCCUGACCCUGCACUGUCCUUGUUACUAACGGGGGUCACGGCCCUGUUUUGUCCCCAAGCAGGACUCGGGUUCUCGCGGCUUGCUGGGCAGCCAGUCAGGGUAACCCAAGGGCAGACUCGACCCUGAGAGGGUUCCUGUGGGCAUCUGGCCCUCCUCCCUAGCCCCUUGCCACACCCUAGGCCCCCUGGUUGGGUCCUGCCAUUGGUGCCAUUGGCCUUGGGGCAGCCAGGGGAGGAGGCACCCAUAGGUCCUUCCAGAUACUUCCUGAGCUUCCCCCAGCCUGCCUCAUGGCCCUCUGCUCUGUCCAGCUGCCCCAUGGGCCCAUCCACUCCUGCCUUGUCUCCAGACCAGGAGAAAUGGAGGAAGGGAGAGCCUGGGCGUGGCCAAGGUUGUGAGCAUCCUCCCCACCCCCCCGCCGCGCCUCAGAUCAAGGGGUGCUGAUGGAGCAGACGGGGUGGAGCAGGCCUGGGCGAGGUGGGUCCUGCAGAGCCAGGGAGGCCUGCACGGAGCCCCUCCAGGUCCCCGUGGCCAUGUGUGUGCACGUGUAUAUAUGUACUUGUGAUUUUUCUUUGGGUUUGUUUGUUUGUAGAUCAGUCCCAGAAAAUUUAAGCCUGGUGGGGCAGGAGCGGUGGCUCACCCACUACCCACUGGGGGGUCGGGCGGUGGGGGGACAGCGCUCACAGCUCCCGAUCAGCCAAACCUGCCUGAACUUGGGGAAGGGACCCCUCCUCCCCAGCCCUGAUCUGCCUGCCAUAGGGACGACAAGGGACAGUGUACAUAGAUGUGUGUAUUUUGAUUGGUCGUUCUUUGAGUGUUUUUUUUUUUUUAAGAAAACGAUCCUGACUCUGCCACGCCCUCACCUCGUGCAGUUGCCAGAGCCCUGGAGCUGGCCGUGCUCGUGACUGUGUGCCCCCCAGCCUGUGGACUGGGCCUGGGCCUUGGGAUAGAGAGAGGGGCGCAAAGUGUGUCUGCAGCCGCAAGUGUGCGUGGGGCUAAGUGCAGGGGCUGGGGACGGAGGGGCGCCUGGUGCAGAGCUAGCCUUGUUCUUGUGAAGUGCAGCAUCGUUGUCAUUAAACCAGUCGUGGGUUCAUGCACUGCUAGGGCUGGCUGUCCAUCUGUCUUGUCUGUCUGGUCCUCGGCCGGGGUGUCUAGGUGUCACAGACGGCGCAGGCGGCUUACCCCGGGUGAGCCGGCCAUGGAGAAGACUCACCUAUAGUCUGUAAGAGGUGCUGGUGACCCCGAAUUCAGGGUCCCCGGGGGCUGAGGACGUGGGUGUGGCCCAGCCAGGGUGCAGCCCCGCCGUGGGGAAGAGGCACUCAGCCCUGGUUACCAUCUGGAAGGAGAAUGGGCCAGAGUAGUGGUCUGUGUGUGCACGGGCUGGUCACGGUGGGGUCGAGGGAGGGCUGGAGCGAAGGAGCAGAUGAGGACGGGGUGAGGGGGCCGCACAGCAGCUCUCAGGUGAGACAGGUGCUCCGACCACCUCCACCCUACCCAGGGAAACGGAGGCCAGUGUGGGAUCUCCCUGGCCCAGCAUCUCCCACAGGGGUGGAGGCUGGGGGCAACGGGCAAGGUUGGUUUUUGUUGAUCCGUGAAUGUAGCUUUUGCAGUGAAGGGAAUGGGAUUUAGUAGUAGUAGGGGGUGAGGCACAGGCCAUGGGGGGAGCACGGAGCGGCCGGUGUGGGGGCUGACGAGAGGAUCAUAGAAGAGGGAUUUGGAUGUGGUCGAGGGGAGGGAGCAGCAGGUUUUGUGUCUCUGGAGGAAAGCCAGCCCAUGCCAGAGGGGAGGUGACUCCGGGCAGGACCUGGCAGGUCAGGGAGCCUCAGGGGGUCUUGGGAAGAGGGAUGAGCCCCCUACAGUGAGCAGCUGCCCACAUGUGGCACAGCACCCAGAGCCCCUUCCCUCUAGGUGAGGAGCCCUGUCCGGGCAGUGGGGACCAGGCCAUGGGGAGGGUGUGGGCUUCCACCCCUCAGACAGCAGGGACAGCAGGGCCGGUGUGGGGCCAGCAGGAGGCGCUGCGCAGGCAGCCAGGAGCGGGUGGAAGGGAGGCAGGCAGGUCUUGCGGUUCUCGUUCUAUUUUUCAUUACUGUGGUAAAUAUGCAUAACAUACAGUUUACCAUCUGAAAGUGUA